CCUCCUCCCAGGAAGCAGGAAACCGGGCUGACUGGAAUACAGGUUACACAAAACAGCUUUAGUUUAGAUAUAUGAAUUGGGAAAAUGAUUUACUGUAAAAUCCAGCCAAAAGGUUAACCAAUGGAUUUCCUCACUCUCUUUGCAAUAUAUGUGGUGGUUGUGCUGUCGUGUAUUGUUCUUGUUUGUAAAUACUCCGGACAACAACAAACUCCUUUGGGAAGAUUUUUCAGCGCUGUCACUGAGAUAAUCUCACCUUGGAUUCCACAAUGGUUUCAGCAACUUUCUUACAAGAUAAUGCACAGGCUGUUUCAUCAACGGAACAAGCUAUUUUUGUAUCUGCACCUAUUUUUGGAGGGCAUUGUGUAUGCAGAGUUUACUUACGAAGUAUUCGGCUACUGUAGGGAGAUGGACACUAGUUUGUCCAGCCUUAGUAUGCCCUAUGUGUUGCUUGCUGUGGAAUCCUACUUCUUCUAUCAGUGCUGCAGAAAAGACCCAGGUACAGUGACAGAGGAAAACCAUGCUGCCCUGGUUAAGGUGUACCCCUAUGACAGGAAGCUGUACCACCCUGAGGUCUCCUGCCCCACUUGUCUUCUGGUGAAACCUGCCCGGUCCAAACACUGUCGAGUGUGCAACAGGUGUGUGCAUCGAUUUGACCAUCAUUGCGUUUGGGUGAACAACUGCGUUGGAGCUCAGAACAGCAGGCACUUCCUGCUCUACCUGCUGUGCUUGUGUGCCAUGGCAGGUGACAUCGCAGUGCUGACAGCUGACAUGCUGUUAAAUGUUGUGCUCAGAUCUGGGCUUCUGCAUGCUCACUACAUUGACCAGCAGGGGGAGCAGCAGGCAGCAGGGCCACUAUUUGUUGUGCAACACCUCUUCCUGACCUUUCCCCGGAUUGUCUUCAUGCUAGGCUUCCUCGUGUUUGUCUUCAUGCUGCUGGCAGGAUAUGCUAUGUUCCACCUCUACCUGGCACUGGUAAAUCAAACCUCCAAUGAGUGGUACAAAGGGCGAGGGCAUGGAUGCCACCACUGCCAGCCCACACCAGGACUCUACUGCUCCUCAGGGCACAUUCAGUCAAGAGGCUUCUACAACAGGGGUAUCCUCAGGAACCUGGGGGAAUUAUUCCAGCCUCUCGCUCACGGCAGGAAGAAGGACAGAUAGGCAGCUCUUACUAUCAGGUCUACCACGAAGUAUGCAGCAUUUUUUAAAACCAUUUUUGUACAGUGUAUUCAUAUUGGCUUCAGUGAGAUAAACAAA